GUAUUCGAGAUGAUCAAUGGACUGCGCAUGUACUACCUCAAGCAGGGUCACAUUCCCCAGCUACCGGAGGAAUUCCGUUACGCUGAAAAUAUUUUUGACCCACUCGACAUUCUGGCCUUUUAUAUAAUCGACGAGAACUUCCUGCAUCCUCUUCUUUUACAGGCGACGGCCUUUGAAUACCAGGUUAGGCGCUAUGUGUUUUGA